UAGAGAAGGAGAGACACACACACACAGUAGCUUAGUUUUUCACAAAUAACUAUAAUUCCGCCAGAUAUACUGUCCAAAAAAACCGCAAAACAGCUGGUAUUCAAAUCCUAACAGACAUCUCAUGCAGACUUAAAUAUGGCUUAGAGGGAGGGGUGUUCAGCAGCAUCUCGUCCCUCCCCUUCCAUGUCUGUCCAGGAGGAAGUUUCAGUUCUCCGUGGAGAGUUUUGGUGAGACGCGGCGGGCGGUUCGACCUACAGCGGGACAGCAAUUCAACAGGAUGGCUUGAGCUGUGGAUUUCCUGGCUUUUUUUCCCCCGCUCUACCGCUUUUCUCAAAUUCAUAUUUCCACAAAACUCAGUAUGGUGACGGGAGGUCCGCUAGUUUUUGCCCACUCCGUCCCAGUCAGCUGCUGAGCUGUGUUGAACCAAGGCGGCUGCAUCAUGGCAAACGUUAAAGUAGCUGUACGGGUCCGUCCUCUUAAUGCCAGGGAGAGUGCCGACGGAGGAAAGCUAGCCGUUCAGGUGGACGAUAAACUAGUCCGGAUCCGAAAUGUGAAGUUGGAUGGCCGUUUAGAGGGAGCCGUGGAUUCCAGGGAGAAGCUUCUGGAGUUUUGUUUUGACUACUGCUACUGGUCGGUGGAGUCUGCAGACCCUCACUACGCUUCGCAGGAGGAGGUCUUCCAGGAUCUGGGUGUGUCGGUGCUGGCCGGAGCAUCUGAGGGCUACAAUGUGUGCUUGUUUGCUUACGGCCAAACGGGAUCAGGAAAGACGUACACCAUGAUGGGCACACCGGAGUCCAUUGGACUGACGCCUCGCAUUUGUCAGGGCUUGUUUUGUCCUGAAGACUCUUUCUCUGAUGGCCAAAACUCAAGCAGAGUGGAAAUCAGCUUUUUGGAGAUCUACAAUGAGCGUGUAAGAGAUCUGCUGAGAGGAGAGCAGAAGAAGAGGACGUCCCUUAGAGUCAGAGAACAUCCUGAGAAGGGGCCAUAUGUUGAAGACCUUUCACAGCACAUGGUCACUGACUGCAAACAGGCCAUCGACCUCCUGGAGGAAGGCAUCGCUAACCGCAUGACGGCAGCAACCCACAACCACGACACCAGCAGCAGAUCGCAUGCCAUCUUUACUAUUCAGUACACACAGGCAAUACUAGAAAACAACCUGCCUUCUGAAACGGUCAGCAAGAUUAACCUGGUGGACUUGGCUGGAAGUGAGAGAGCAGACCCCCAGUACUGCCGGGACAGACUGACAGAGGGCUCCAACAUCAACAAGUCACUGGUCACUUUGGGCAUUGUCAUUUCUGCUCUGGCCCAGAACUCCCAGAUGUCGAGCAGCUGUCAGAGCAUCAACAGCGUGGCCUCUGAGGGUGACAGCAGCACAUUGGGCAGUCACAGCAGCUCACUGUCUGGCGGAGCCGGAGGUGGAAGAAGGCUCUGCUUCAUUCCCUACAGAGACUCGGUCCUGACUUGGCUGCUAAAAGACAGUCUGGGCGGCAACUCCAAGACAAUUAUGAUCGCAACGGUGUCGCCCUCUGCUAACAGCUACAACGAGACCCUCAGCACCCUGCGCUACGCUGCGCAUGCCAGGAACAUUGUCAACAAGCCUCGUGUUAAUGAGGAUCCAAAUGUGCGGCUCAUCCGGGAGCUGAGAGAGGAGAUCGACAGGUUGAAGAGCAUGCUGCUCAGCUUUGAGUUGCAGCGUAAUCCCAGCCCGUCUCUGAGUGAUGAGAGAGACGGGAACCUUUCGGAAAUGGUGCUACAGAACGAGCUAAAGGUGGAGCAGCUAACAAAGGACUGGUCGGAGAGCUGGAGAGACAAGAAGGAGCUGCUGGAGCGCUACAGUGUGGACAUCAACAGAGACCGGGCCGGUUUCCUCAUCAACUCCCUUCAGCCACACCUAGUUUCUCUGGAUAGAGAUGUCCUCAGUACUGGGAUUGUGUUUUACCACCUCAGGGAGGGAAUUACCCGCAUUGGACCUCAUGAGCAGUGUGAAGAACCACAUAUAGUCGUUCAGGGCAGUUCCCGCUGCGAGAUUGAAAACCACGGGGGUGUGGUAACGCUGCGACCGCUGCCGGGUUGCGUCUGCCUGCUCAACGACAGAGAGGUCACCGAGCCCUGCAGACUGGCUCAAGGGACCGUGAUUACGUUGGGAGGAGCGCAUAAAUUCCGCUUCAACCACCCGGCAGAGGCAGCCGUCCUUCGGGAGCGAAGACGGGUUAGUGAAGGUGGUUCGACGUGCAGCUAUGUUGACUUUUGCUCCGUGACUCCUGAUGACGAUGUCAAAGAACUGAACCUGGAUUCCACUGAGGAGCUUGCAGUCAGACGGCGCGUGGAGGAGCAGAAGCGCUAUGUGGAGAGUUUGCGGCAGGAGAUUCAGGCGGACCAGAGAAGGGCCGACGGAGAGCUGGACAGGGAGCAGGCCCAGCUCCGGCAGCAGUACUCUGACAUGCAUCAGUGGAUUUUGCAUGAGAAACUCCUCCUGAAAACAGUGGAGGAGAGAGUCAAGCAAGACUCUGGUGUCCAAACCGACCCCCUCCCCGCUCCUCUUCUGGAGAAACUUACAAGUCGGGUGUUCAUCAGUCAGAAAAAUAUCAUCGUUGAAUAUCCUUGCAAGGCAGUGAGGGCCAGGAAGAAAACCGUGCAGGAUGAGCUGUUGAAGCAUCACGCCCUCCGCUGCGCCGAGGGUCGCAUCCGUCGGAAAAAGCUACACUGCCAGCUGCAGAAAAUCGCCAACAAACGCCACCUGCUGGACGCUAAGAGAGAGUUGCAGCAGCUGGAAAGUAAACUUCCUCCUGGACCAAACGGCCGACAGCCUCUAGAGAUGGGAUCACCUUCAAAGCUGGAAGAACAAUCCUUUGCAUCACGAAGACACUCGUUUUCAGAUCUAUUGUCUCGGCUCUACCCGCAGCGUACACCUGUCUUCAGGCACUUCCUCAAGAGAAACAAAUCUGUGGAACAAUCUUUAAAUUCAGCAACUCCGUCCGAUCCCAUUAGCGGCAGAAAGUGGGUUUCUGAGGAGUAUAUCCCUCGAGGAAGAACCCAAAGUUGCUCAGGCCCCAUCUCCUCUGGACACAGUCAGAAUAAAGUAAACCCUUUCGGAAACACCAGACACACUGAGGAACCACAGCCUCAACCAUGUUUGGGCCAACUGGGAAGAAAACCUCUGCUGCCAAACCGAGACAUGUUAUUUAAUUACAAAUUGGGUAAAAAUCCUACAUCUGUCUCAAAAUCGCCUCUCAGAGCUGCGUUGCUGCCCGUCUGUAAAGAAAAUCUACAAAUAUCCAAAACAGACAUGGAUGGAAAAGGAGACAACAGUGGAAGUAAAACCAUCAGCAGAUCAUUGUCUCAUUUUGUGGGGCCCAGGAUAAAAACGGCUCUAUCCAAAGUUUUCAGAAAAUCCCCUUCAGGUGUAAAGGGACGGAGACUUCUUAAGCCUCUUGGGAGGAUUGCAGGUAAAUUCCCUUGGAGACGAAGAGCAGACAAGAGCCCAAAAGGUUCUUCAGCUAAUCAGAAUGGUACCAUCAAAGCAACUGUGUCAUGCGAGGAGCUUGAUCAGAGGAACCUGUUUGAUAGCCACAAACAGAGACGCUGGCAUAGCACCGAGGCACUGACGAACAAGAGCAACGGUUGUGUGGAAGACCAUCCAAAACCUUUUGGAUGGUUCGAAGAGCAAGAGGAAGGGGAUGAAGCAACGUCAGACUGCGAGAGCCUUUUCUCUCUCGACUCUCUGUCCUCUGCUUACGCGGCCGCGCUGGCUGAGCGUUUGACACGUGAAGAUUCGGCUCCGAGCGAAGCAGAAAGCAUCGACAGCGAAAUGUCUAAAGAUUCUUUAACCGUGGAGAACAGCUGGAAAUUCUCAGUGGUUAAAAAGCGCAAACAAGCAGCGGUUGAAACUUCGCGAGUAACAGAUUCCGUACCCGCAGCGGAGGCGCAUUUGAGUCGUGACGCCACAAGGAAAUCCCAAAAUCAGAGUUCAUUAGAAGCGGUCAGUGUGCACAAAUUGAUCGAUGAUUUCAGGAACCUGCAGACUGGCAGCUGCGGUGUGAAACAGCCAGAAAGCCUGCUGGCUCUCGCUGAUGUUUGGUCCUCUGCAGAUAUGCCUGAAACCCAGAGGAUUGAUGGGAUUUCUCUGCCUUUACCAAGAAAAGUUUUGCUCUUGAAUGCAGACAAUAACAGCAGCGGUCCGAGUCCAGUUAGCGGGAAUCUGUCAGACUCGCACAGCGAUUCUAGAUGUUUCAACUCUGAGGCUUUAAAUAGUUCAGAGCUCAAUCAGCGCCAUGUAGGGUUGAGAGAUUCUGGAGCUUAUGGAGCUUUAGAAAAUGUUUUGAUAUUGGGUAACUGUGAAGAUUUCCCAACAGAUCGGUUUGGACAAAUCAAUACAACGACCUUUAACACUCCUCCAGAAUCUGCGCAUCAAACUGUUUGCAUGUCACAAAAAGACAUCCUCCAAGCAACAUCAAACACAUUUCACGAGCCUGCACCAUGUGACUCAACAGAUGUAGGUGUUGAAAAUGUCCGAGAUUUACAGCUAAAUUAUUUUAGGAACCCAGAAGACGGAUCAGUUAAAUGGGAGGAAACCAAAAGCAAUGAGCUGUCCGUUGCUCCCCAGCAGGAAGUUGUUAAAUUGGCCUGUAAAAGUUCCAGGAAGAGGAACAAAGACCACCAGAACGCUUUUAUGGGCUGCCUGAAAAUUCCAAAGAGGAGCGACAGCGGGGAGCUGGAAACUUUCUCCUUGGCACCAGGUGACGGCUUGGAAGGUGUUUGGUUUGAUGAUGAAAACAGCAGCAGUGACUCCAAAGGGGAGUCGAACAGCCAAGGAUUUCACUCUUCUUCUGUUGAUGGCAGUGAUAUACAACAUUUGGUCGCUUCAGAUUCAAGGCCACUUUCUGAUCUUCAGAACAUCGAACUUGAACCAAGCGGCCAAAUCUUCGAGGACAAGAGUUCUCAGUGUGAUACCGCCGUAGGAGAUAAUGAGUGUGUGAGAAGGGGAGAUGUAAUGGCAAAUAAAGAUUUUGAAGUCACGGAAAGGGUUACUGAUGAUGACAGGAAACAUCAAGAAAAAGCAAAGCAUGUAUGCAGGUCGGAAGCCAUAUGCAGCGCUAUUGAUCUGAGAAUCUCUGAAGUGAUAAAAGAGCAUGCGGAUUCGUCGGGAGGAAUGAACAAAAGUCAAAGUCUGUGUAUUUUGCCAUCGUCUGCGUGUCAUUUUAGCUCCGAUUGUAAUGAAAGUAGAUGGAUGCGUGACCAGCUGAAAGAUGAGAGGAGUGAAGAUGUGAAAGAAGGAAAAAUAUGUGCCGAUGUGCAUGCAUUAAUCACAGCUGGGCAUUUGGGAUCACAUAUGAAACAGAGUACUAGUCACGAAGGCCUCGGAAACCCAAAGGGGGAAAAUGCUCUACCUCAAAAAGCAACAGACAAAGCUUCACCCAAAGUAACCUACGCCCCUGAUAUGAUCACCAGUAACAUUUACUCAAAUAAAGAUUCUGAUGGUUUUAAUUCUGAUCUCAUUCCCCAACUCCAAACUCAACACUCAAGACGGCAGCUUCACAAAUGUAUCCACGACACAGCUUCCGCCUUGAGUCACGCAAAUCUGAAGUGUCUCUCAUCUGUUUCGGACGACGUCAGUAAGAACUUCAUAACCAGUGAUGUAAAAACAAGCAGUCAUUCACCUGAACAAAGCUCACCACACAUGAUUCAGAUAUUUGGAAACAAUGUUGAUCAGCUUGCAGCAGAAUUCUUAAGUCAUCAGGUAAAAGCAGUCAAACACCUCUGCAGUCAAAUCAAACUUUCUCCUACCCAUGGAGAAAAUGUUGAACUGGACCACAAGGCUGGUAGCAAGCCUCUCACAACACAGGAUCAGCUAAAUUGUCAACAAAUAUGUACACAGAACAUAGCUCAGACUUCUGUUGCUGGCAAAUGUCCAAAUUCACAGAGCAACUUCUAUAAAAAUCAUCAAAUCAACAUCAAAGAGUUUUGUGUGGCAAACGAUGAUAAAGGGGUUGAGACUUUUUCUUUCAAUCCAAAGGAUGAAAUAUGCAUGAAAUCUAAAACGGUUCCCUCUGUUAUAGAUCUAAAAACACCACAGGCAGGUUCUUCCGCAAUGUCCAAAGAGGCCACCAUAAACACAACUGUUACACCAGGUAAUCCUGCUCUUAGAAAGAAAAAAACAAAGCGGUUCAGAAAGUCUGACGUCAAAACCCGUCCUGCUUCUUCCUCUGAUUCUUCUCUCAAGUCAUCGGAUGAAGAUGACAAGGAGAAGGAAGAGAAUAGGAGGCAUUAUUGCUGGCUGUUAGGAAGAACUAGCAAUAAAGAAAGCUGCAUUUCUCUUUCUACAAGUAAAUGUAAGACAGAAAUCCUUAAAGGGAAUUCUGGUGAAAAUAAAGAAUUUAAGAUGGAUCACAUUCCACCAAGGCACUUUUUGCCUCCCUACACUACAUCCCAGAGGGUGGAUGCAGAAAAAAGCCACCUGAACGAAAAGCAAAGUGAAGCCCAGCACACACCACAUUGCCAGGACUCGCCCAUCCAUUUUGCAUCCAGUGACAUCAACCCCUUUGUCCACCAGUGGCAACACAGCGACUCAAACCAACACUGCUACAAGACUCCUGUGUUUGGAAGUGCUGCUGACCUAUCUAUUAAAUCUCCUCUCUUGAACAGCUCCGAGAAACGCCUAGUAAGAUGCUCCAGUGCUGACAAUAACUUGAAUGGGCUGAAUUCUCCUUUUAACUCCCACCUGAGCACAUAUGCCACCAACAAGGGGCUCUCCAGCACCCUCAGUAGCAUUGAGGAUUAUAAAGAGAGAGUUGCCACACAGCACAGGAAAGCACAGGCAGAGACCUGCAAUCGGGCAAUAAACGGUUCCGGUAAUGACGUUGCCGGUUCUGGUGUUAACUCAAGUCAGGUUGAUGAAAUCAUGCUCGUUUGCUCAUCCGAGCAAGAAUCAAAGACGAGCAAAAUGCAGCUUCAAAGGAGAAAGAUGCAUGAACACGGUACUCAAACUGAAUCUAGGCUUGGCACAAUCAGUAACAGCAGCCUGAAGAGGAAAGAUCGACACAAAAGAAGCAACACCGAUGUUCCUUUGUCCCAGAGGAGCAAAGUGGAUAUUAAAAAAUCCUCAACGUGGGCAAGCAUGGAAACCAUGUCAGCUCAUCUCUCCAAGCUUAUCGACAGCACUUCAGACCUGCUGGGAGAUGUCCAGGGGAUGAGGACGGGUGAAGUGAGCAAAUCCAGUCCUAGGAGUAGCAACUCAUCACAUCGUAGCUUGCUAUGCAGUGAUCCGCAUGGGUGUGGCAAGAAAGACCGCUCAGUUCAAACAGCCUUAGACGUUGGAAUCCAGACGGGGGAGCUGGUGAACGCAAUGAGCGGCAAGGCUGCUGGUGACGAAACACUCAGAGAGGCUAAGUCUUAUGAAGUUAAGGUGAUUGUGAAAGUGAUUGGUCCUGAAGACAAGAGUAUGCACAGAGUGGUUAAAAAGGAUGCUGAGACAAUGCAAAACUUCAACGUCUCUGUUGCACCUCAGUCAGAGAAUGACCCUCAGAUAUUGGCGUUCGCAAAGACAGCAGCUAGUUAUCACAGGCGUGCAAAAUCUGCUUCCUUUCAGGCCUCGAAGCAAAGCACUCUUGAGGAAUCAAGCCGCAGAAAUGUUGCAGUCACCUCCAGAUCGUCAAGAAAGUGCUUUCAAGAAAACAGCAGUGUGUCUUUAGCAAGCAGUCCGACUGGUUUUAUCAAAAAACAAGCAACAUUUACAGACCGUGCCUCAUCUCCCAUUGUUACUGUGGGAACAAGUGUAGGUUCAAGGCAGAGCGGGAAACAAUCAGUACAGUGUCGACCAAAAUAUAGGAAUCAGCAAACAAGCCUUUCCUCUAAGGAGGGCACACCUGCAGUUCCUUCUGCUGAAAAUGCUAAGCAGUGUUUAGAUGUUUUUUCCACUAAAUCAGAAACAAUAUCUCUUGAAAGAGUGAGUGAAAUGAGUUGUUCAAGUCCUCAAGACUUCUGCACGAGUUCUUCAAGUCUUAAGUCAUCAUCGGAUGUAGACGCAGACAUUGUGAAGAGAAAAGUGACCUGCAAAGAAGAAGACGACCACAGGACCCUCUCAGAGAGGCACAACCACGUUUUUCCUACCAUGAGACAGGAAGUUGCACAUAAGCAGCAAGAGUCCAACUUCACAAGUGCUUCCAGAGAUGUUUGCAUCGACAUCAGCCAUUUAUCACCCUUUAGUGCCUGUAGAAAUCAACCGAAAGAGGAUGACGAGGUAUCACUGGCGCACAGCGAGUGCAGCACAGAAGUUCUUGUGAACACCGAAGUUGCAACAAGUCUUUCUCCUUGGGAUGACCAUCAGGUAGUCCCAGACGACCUGCCCGUCCACAACAAGUUCACCAACUGGUCAGGAGUCAGCCAGAAUCAACAGCCACGAUGCUCAAGCAAAGACGGCGGAAACCACGCUGAAUGGGACGACGUGGACAGCACGGAUUCAAACCUGGAUGUUGUGGUGCAAAGUGACAGACGAUCCCGAGAGAUACUGAAGCUGCGACAGGAGAGAGAGCGGGUGAUGGCGACCGUCAACCUCAGCACGAGCCUGAAGCCUUUGACCGUGGAGCUGACAGAGGCUAAGCUUCACUACGGCCUGGGAGAGACGGACGCAUUGUUAAAGAUGCUGUCCCCAAGGUCCAAAGAGGACCUGCGGCCGCUGACCUCCGCUGCAUCCAAACAGCAGCUGUAUGACAGGCACCGCCGGAGCAUCGAGGCUUUAAGGCGGGAGAGGGAGGAGCGCCUCCAGACUUACAGAAGAGCUCGCAGUCUGAGCCCCGGCAAACAUCCCCCGCCGCCACAGGAAGCUGAUCCCACACCCAACCGCCGCAAAGAAUGCCAUCGACGACAAGAAGUCACUGGUUUACCAGAACCUCCAAGAGAAGCAAGACAGCGCCCACCAGACAUUGAGCAGCUGCUGCGAGACUACAGCCGAGCCCGGGAAGAAGCCAAGACGGAGAUCGCUAAGGCUCGAGAACGGCUGAGAGAGCGGACUGAGCUGGAGAAACAGAGGAUACAGCAGCAGACUCUGUCUCAGGGAAUAAAGGACGACCUGAAGCAUCGGACCAUAAUCAGCAACAGCACUUUGUGCACGGGAUCCAGUCUGAGUCUUUCCUCUGGACCAACAUCUGGAUACAACAGUGGCAACACUACUCAGCCACAGCUGUGUAGCCGAGCAGCAUUAAAUCAACAGAGUUUUGGGGUCCAGGGCGAGGGGUUGAAGCUAAGGACACGGCCUCCCGUCUGCGGUUUCCAGAGUGUGAAAACAAAACAAACAUGGCUGUCAGCUCAGGACGUUCGGCUUGAGGUUCCUGUUAGCAGCUUUGAUCCAUUGAUGACUUCCUCUCCGUCGCCCCCUGUUGUUGCACGUCAGCGCACUGCUUCCUUUGGCUCAGUCUCCUCCAUAUCUACAGCAUAUCAAGACAUCACUUCCACCCUCGUCUGUCGGGCUCUGGCUGAGGUCCGACUGGCUUCUUUUGGGGAUUCGGGUAACUUGUUGAGGGGCAAAGCCUCUGCUGGGUGGAGUCACCAAGGGGAAGAACGAGGAAUUCAGGCGUACCACAAAUCUUCCUCCAGUCCCUCUGUCCAUGGUUUUCUUGGGGUCGGGGAGGUGGAAAGACCCCCGGACAGUUUGUGGAACGUAAUCAGCCAGAUGUCCAAGAGCCACAUGUAUAACCAGUCAGUUCGCUCUGUGUGGACACGACCACUAGAUGACAGCACUCAGCUGGUUUACAUCCUAACAGACCCGUCUGCCUGCCACCUCAGCCAGCCGCGGGACUUCUGCUGCAUCAGCACUCAGGCUAAGCAGGGUGGCCUGCGUGUGCUGGCUGUGCAGUCUGUGUUCGAGGAGUCUCUCCCCCGGCCGAGCGUUGAUGCUAUCCGGGCGGAGAUGCUGCCCAGCUGCUGGAUCCUGCAGCCAGUCGUACGUGGGGGACAGGAGCUGACCAGAGUCGUUUACUUGCUGCAGGUCGACCUCGGAACGCCAUCUUUUCCUCAGCGACUCUUGAACACGGUUGCCAGGAGACAGGCAGCUGUUAUCGCCGAUCUCGAUGUUUUCCUCGCGCCAUAAAACCCGCCAGCCUUGAGCACUUUGACUAGACCGUCACCAGCAUGGAGUUCUUCUACAUGUGAAUUUGCACCUGGAUCUUAUUUACUUGACUUCUUUAUUUCAAAAGGAUCUGUCAUGUUCCUGACAAAAAGUUGUAGCAGCUUUGUUUUUGUAUAAAAAUAUUAUUUUUUUUUUUUUUUUUUAUAAAAUAUUGAUAUUUUUUAUAUUUGUACAUGAAUGCUUUUAACAAUCUGUUCCACCAAAGAUGCAUCAAAUGCUUAAUAAGCUUAUGCUGUUUUAAUGUUUCAUUCACGUCUACAUUUCUCACAGGGAUUAAAAUUACAAUCACUUAGAAACAGCUACAGCUUUAACAAUAUCGUAGACCAAAAUGAAAGAUUUUAGUUACUUUUAUUCACAUUAAUUUGAUAUGCACUGGGCAUCACAUGCAAUCUUUGUGUUUUAUUUAAUAAUUUUCGAUAAUCGGUCGAUAGACAAGGCAGAUUUUGUUUCUGUACCUCUGCACAUACGUGCUAAUACUUCCACAUGUGCCUGUUAGGAUAAGAAAUAACCAAAGGAAAACUUCUCCUCAAACAUGAAAUUUCUAUUUCUCCAAGCAACGCAUAUGUUUUACAUAAGUGCCCUUCAUUUUAGUUAAGAAUUGAUUUGAAAUGCUUUUGCUUGCAACAAUUGGAAGGCAACAUACAUGCUUGGUGUUGGGUUAGCGGCGCUGCACAGUUAACAGGCAAACACCUCCUGGAGGAAUGAAAGGAAAUUAUUGCCACUCAGGAGCUUUCAAAUGUAAUGUGUUUAUCUGUAAGAGCACUGAGAACGUUAACCAGCUCUCUGUGGGGAAACUACAAAGAAAAUGUCGGAAACUGAUUUGGAUGUAAUAAAUGUGAGGGCCACUGCAAGAAGAUGAACAACUAAACUGAAAAACUCAUGCGCUUGAAACCAGCUGUAGAGGUUUGUAAUACGUCGACAUGGUGCUCUCUCAUUUUACUGUAUCGCCUCUUCAAGAAGGGAGUUAAUUUUAUGACUUUUUCCUCGCUCGUUAUUCUCAAAGUCUGCGUUUUUAAAAAAAUGUGUUUUAUAGUUGUAUUGCUUCUUUUAAUGAGCGUAGCACAAUGCUGUGUUUUACAGCUGCAUGCAGAGAACUUGUUACACGUUGAUUAACAUUCCUGAUGAAAAGGUGACACUGUUUUCUUCAGGCUGAUCAGAGACCAGUGCUGUCCGGGUCAGCCGUAUCCACAUGCAAAGCCGCAAUAUUUAAAUGGAGGUUCAGGAAGCUUUCCUGGCUCACAGUCUCACAGCAACCAAAGAGUGACGAGUGAUGUGAAGGAACUCAGAUUUUUGUUCUGAAAUAUAUUUUUAUGAGUAAAUAUUUCCCAGCGUCAUUCGUUUUGUGAAAACGUAUUUAUAUUUAGGUUAUCUGUUGUACAGUUGUUUCUUUUGCAAUCUAUGUGAUGCUUUUGGUCACUAAUUAUCUAUUGUUACCUUUUAUUUUUGACAGUUUUUGUAUUCAAACAAUAAAUAUUUGCAACCGAGGUAA